AUGAAAGGUGUUAUGUAUCAUUUUGUUUCGUGUAUCUUGUUCUUACCUCACACAUGCCUAUCAAGUGUUCGAAGAAUUGGCAAAGUGAAACCUGGAUUCCAAGGAUCUCAAAUGCAAUUCAUAGACAACAACGGUUUGUUCCUAGUAUCAAACACAUCAAGUUUCGGGUUCGGUUUCAAUGCCAAUAGUGAUAUAACUUCGUUCACUUUGGUGAUCAUUCACAUGAGCAGUUCAAGGAUCAUCUGGUCUGCAAAUAGAGACUACCCAGUUGGCAAUUCUGAUAGUUUUGUGUUCGAUGAUGAUGGAAAUGCUAAUCUACAAAGCAAUGGGAAAGUAGUUUGGUCGACAAACACUGCCAAGAACGGGGUUUCUGCCAUGGAAUUGCUUGAUUCAGGGAACUUGGUGUUUGUUAAAGAUGAUGGUGCUGUUGUUUGGCAAAGUUUUAGCCAUCCUACAAAUACCCUUAUGCCCAAUCAAGAUUUCAUUGAAGGGAUGAAACUUGUCAGCAAUUCCAAGAACAAUUUGAGUUUUUCUUUACAAAUCAAGACUGAAGAUCUGAUUUUAUCAGCCGAAUUCAAAAACCCACAGCCUUAUUGGUCAAUGAGCAAAGAUAAGAGGAGAAUCAUCAACAAAAGUGGUGGAGAUACUAAUUCUGCAACCAUUGAAGCCAAUUCAUGGAGGUUUUAUGAUGAAAACAAAGUCUUUCUAUGGCAAUUUGUGUUUGCAGAUGAUCCUGAUGCUAAUGCCACUUGGAUUGCAGUUUUAGAAGACGAUGGCUUCAUAAAAUUCUAUAAUGUCUUAUCCCGAAUAACUGCUAGCCUUCAAAUACCCGACGAUUCUUGCAGCAGACCGCAAGCUUGCUCGUCGUAUUUUGUUUGUCACGAUGGGAACAUUUGUCAAUGCCCUUUGGGCCUGGCUCAAGUUAACUGCAAGCCACAAAUCGCUUCUUCAUGUAGCAACUCGAAGGAUUCAUCGAGUCUUGUAAAUGCAGGGGAGAAUCUGAGCUAUUUUGCACUUGGGUUCGUUUCACCCUCUUCUAAGACCGAUAUAAACGGCUGCAAAUCCUCGUGUUUGAACAACUGCACUUGCUUGGCUAUGUUCUUUGAUAACAAGUCUGGAAACUGUUACCUGUUUGAUCAGAUUGGCAGCUUUGAAGAUGCAAAAAAUGGUCCGAAAGUCGAAUCAUAUGUUAAGGUUUCAGGCACGCAAUCAGACACGGGUCAGGGCCAGAAAAACAAGAAACACUCGACACGGGUGGUGAUUUUGGUGAUUGUAAUAGUCAUAGCGGGAACAUUUAUUAUUAUCGGGCUAGUACUUUUGGGUAUUCGCUAUUACAAGAACAAUGGUUCAAUUGGAGUUCCUGAUGAAAUCUCCGAAGAAGAUACGUUCUUGGAGAACAUAUCUGGGAUGCCGAUACGUUUCAGCUACAAAGAUCUUCAAGAAGCAACAAAUAACUUCACUACGAAACUAGGCCAAGGUGGGUUUGGUUCGGUCUACCAAGGGAUCCUAAAAGAUGGGAGCCGGAUUGCGGUCAAACAGCUAGAGGGGAUCGGGCAAGGGAAGAAAGAGUUUCGAGCCGAAGUGAGCAUAAUCGGCAGCAUCCAUCAUCACCAUUUGGUGAAACUCAAAGGAUUUUGUGCACAAGGAAAGCAUCGGCUUCUUGUUUACGAGUAUAUGGCAAAUGGCUCGUUGGAUCGAUGGAUUUUCGGUAAGUUUUUGAUGGAUUGGGAUACAAGAUACAGUAUUGCAAUUGGUACCGCUAAAGGACUCGCUUAUCUUCACGAAGAUUGCGAUGUGAAGAUCAUUCAUUGCGAUAUAAAACCCGAGAACGUGUUAUUAGACGAUAACUUCUUGGCCAAAGUUUCUGAUUUCGGGUUGGCUAAGCUUAUGACACGAGAAGAAAGCCACGUGUUUACUACGUUGAGAGGGACUCGAGGGUACCUAGCGCCGGAAUGGAUCACGAACUACGCGAUCUCGGAAAAAAGUGAUGUUUAUAGCUACGGAAUGGUGUUGCUUGAGAUCAUCAGUGGCCGGAAAAACUAUAGCUCGUCAGAGAUAUCGCAGUUUCCGACGUACGCUUUUAAGAUGAUGGAAGAGGGCAAAGGUCAGAUAAUUGUGGACGAGAAGAUGAAAGUGGACGAGAACGACGAACGGGUGGCGGUGGCGACUCGGGUGGCGUUGUGGUGCAUACAGGAUGAUAUGAAUCUAAGGCCUUCAAUGACGAAAGUGGUGCAAAUGCUUGAAGGGUUAUGCCCGGUUCCUACACCUCCGGUGACGGCUCAAACUGGCUCACGAUUCUAUUUGGGCUUGUUCAAAUCGGUUAGCGAGGCUGGGACUUCAUCAGGGCCCUCGGAUGGUAACGUUGAUUCGUAUAUAUCCGAUGCUCGGCUUUCGGGACCUAGAUAACAUAUGUAUGUGAUUAUGAACUUGAACAUUUCAUAAAUCUUGAAGUUAUUUGUA